AUGCGUGCACGCCACCUCGUGUUCUUGGUCUUCGUUUCCGUAGACGGCAUGUCGCUCGAUGUCGCUGCUCUCAACUUCAGCUCAACUACGGUCACUGCACCAAAAAACGGGCCAGGGCUCUACGAUCUCACUGAGAACAACCACAAGCUUGCCGAGCAGAAUAACGAGGAGAGGAGUGCGGUACUGGAGUUGCUUCCGGCAGCGGUGAAAGGAUUGGCGGUGAAGGUUCGGGGCUCACUAGUUCGCACCCCUCGAUUGCCCGAGCCACAGACGAACCUGAAGCCGAGCGACUUCAAGAAGGUGUUACUGAAGAUUGGCAAUGAAAAGGUACGCGACGCCUCGAUGGAUGAGACGGCUUUCAUUCUGUUGUUGCACAGGCACGAAAAGGAGAGCCUGAAGAGGUUCUUUCGCUGGCUUCGAGGCGUCGAUGGUAUGGACGUUCGCGCCGACCGUUUCUUGAAAAUGACCGCUUGGAAGAUGGAGAAACUGCAUGAUACAGCCGUCAGAGUGUGGCUGGAACGGAAGGUGCCACCCACUGAGGUGCUCGGCAUUACUCGCCAGUGGGUGAGAGGACUGGACCUGUGGUAUCGAUACACCCUGCAGUACAGGCGGUUGAAGGAUGUCAAAAGCGUUUCCGUCAAAGACUUGGUACAGCCUGUGAUGAAAGCUUACGAGAAGGAGACCCACGUGACCCAUGGCUACUUCUUCCAAGCUUUGAUUGAUGAGGGCCAUGGGGAGCUCGCUCAAUUGAUGCGGAAAGAGCUGUUCCAUCUUCUCAUCGCAGAGGGCGUGAAACCCGCGACAUUCAUCAAAGACUAUAGCUAUACAGCUAAGGGAACCCCACAGCGCACGCAUGUGUACGAGCACCUGAAAGCCUUCACCUUGCAGUAUGUAGCUGCUACUGAAGGAAAGGGCGUCAGGCUGAGGAAGACGAAAGAGGUGUAG